CUCGUUUCUCAGAAUAGAAACGAGGUCAAGCUGGGACGAGCUACGCUAAUCUAGACCCCCACGAAACCGGGGCGCUUUUGUUCUCCCUCCUCCUCGUGCAUGGCGGUUUAAGAUGAAGGCCUGUUAGGGUUUUCGUUUCACGCAACACAGCCCAAUCCAGGCAGGUGGCAGGACAUCGAACCUUGCCGGACUUGAUGAUACAUUCAGGGAUAGGCUGUAGCAUGGAUGGGAUCCGUGUUGGAUGUUUGUUAGACGGCAUUUUCAUCGGGGGAAGGUCCGAUUGGCUUGGCUUCAGGUUGAUGAUUGAGGUUGUCCGGCAAGUCUAGACCGCUUUCAUCCCGCCGCUGCCAUCCACUACCGGCCAUCUCAAGCCGACGCAAUUGACUGAUAACGGCAGUAUGCAACCUGGAACGUUCCUAGCUCUUUGAGCAUCGCUUGUGUUGAACAUGAUAGUCGCACGGCUAAUCUUGUGCGGGCCCUGGGUCAUAUUGCUCUUCAUUUCUCACUCGAAUCCUUCGUCAUACUCAUACUUGCAUAUAGGUAGGUGCCGGUGUCUCGGGCGGGCUUGUAUCUCCCAGGUAUCUCUCCUUCUAGGCUUCAUUCCCGUGACCCAUUCAGUUUCCUCCAGUCUCUCGUUCAGUCUUCCACCGUUCACCAUUGAAUACGGUCGUUACUUAGCGUCCGUUACUUCUUUGGCAACCCUUUGCUCCGUUGCCCAGGCAUGGCUACUACAUUACGGGUCCAAAACUAUCCUCGACCGCGACGGAGUCAACAUUUUCGAACGUCCCCGCGACCUGACGAGCAGACGAUGGUUAUCACCCUCUUUCAGCAGGGUCCGCGGGGUCAAGUUGGGGUCUCAGUUCAUCAUUGAGCCCUGAGUCAAUGGCCAGGAAGGAAGAGCGUGGGAUGUGAUGGUCUUGUAUCGGAAUGGGACUGCGUCGAGAAACUGGGGCAGGAGAAGGCCAACGAGGUCUGUCAGAGCCAUCGGGCUAGUUGGAUCACCGAGGCCGACUUCGACACGAUGAGGAGCUACGGCCUCGACGCCGUCCGGGUUCCCGUCGGUUACUGGAUGAUGGAAUCGCUCUUCACGGAGAACGAGCACUUCCCUCGGGGGGGAUUGGGAGUAUUUGCACCCGUCCAUACUUUCCCUCAUAAUAGUGCCAUUCUAAAUAUCGUGAAUCACCCAUCUCCAUGAUGAGGCCCAUCGCAUUAUCAAUUUUGAAGUUGCUUGCUCCCUGUAUCUCAGCGCCAUGAACUUUUACCAUUCCUGAACUACCCCUAGUCCGUCCCAACGAUACGCUGGGAACGAACGAUCACACAGGUGCUUCUUUCUGG